AUGCCAGUUGCUCAAUAUACCGAGAGACCGGCCAGCGGUGCCCAGUCCCAGUUCCAACCGGGUCACAAGAUCCCUAUUCAGCACUUGACACCGCCUGGAUUACAGUCGGAUAUGGAGAACCCCAAGCCGGUCUCUACUCAUCUUCCCACGGAGGAUGGCGGGUACCAAAUCUAUAAGGCUGCCGGUAAGCUGGAGGGGAAAAGAGCCAUCAUCACUGGCGGCGAUUCCGGAAUUGGCCGUGCCAUUGCAAUUCUGUUUGCAAUGGAGGGUGCAUCGAGCUUAAUUGUGUACCUGCCCGAAGAGGAAUCAGAUGCACAAGAGACCAAGAAGAAGGUGGAAGAGACAGGGCGCCAUUGUCACUGCUUGGCCAUCGACCUUCGCAAGAAGGAGAACUGCCAAAAGGUGAUCGAUACAGCGGUUCAAACUCUAGGUGGUAUCGAUAUCUUGGUGAACAAUGCUGCCUAUCAGAACAUGCUGAGCGAUAUCAGUGAGCUCAAGGAGUAUGCGGGCGUCUCCCUUCUGUUCGGGGUCAUGGUGCUAAUCGGUUGGGAUAGAGAGCAAUGGGAGCGGACCUUCGACACAAAUAUCCACCCCUUCUACUACCUCUCCAAAUACUCUCUACCGCACAUGAAAAACGGUUCUACUAUCAUCAAUUGUGCAUCCGUCAACCCGUACAUUGGUCGAGGUGAUCUUCUGGACUAUACCUCGACCAAGGGUGCUAUUGUGGCCUUCACUCGCGCCCUGUCAAACCAGCAAGUCAAAAACGGCAUACGAGUCAAUUGCGUCUGCCCGGGGCCUAUCUGGACCCCUCUGAUUCCAUCAACAAUGCAGACGGCUGCGAUGGAACAAUUUCACGCAGUACCGAUUGGACGGCCAGGACAGCCAAGCGAAGUGGCAACGUGCUUUGUUUUUCUUGCAAGUCAAGACAGCAGCUAUAUCUCGGGGCAGUGUCUGCAUCCCAACGGUGGUGUCAUGGUCAAUGGCUAA